AUGGCCGACCAACAACAACUGCAGGUCCUCUCAGAGGCUCUACAGAAGUUCCAGGACGACCUCCAAGGCGCUGUUGAAGCACGACAAAAGCUUGAAGCGCAGCAGUCUGAGAACCAGGCUGUAAAGAAGGAAUUCGACGGCCUUACCGAUGAAUCUGGAAUCUACAAACUGGUGGGGCCGGUGCUGCUCAAGCAGGAGAAGCCCGAGGCGAUGAGCGCGGUGGAAGGCAGAUUGGAAUACAUUGGCAAGGAAAUGACCAGGACAGAAGACAGAAUCAAAGAGUUGCAGACUGCGGCGGAUAGUAAGCGCGUUGAGCUCAUGCAGUUGCAACAGAAACUGCAGAUGGCUGGCCAGGGACAAGGCAGUGGCUAA